AGAAGCCCCUAGGUGGGGGGGGGGUGACAGGAAGUGGGGGAUGGAGCUUAGAUUCUUCGGUUAACUGUCACCCUCUCACCUCCCCCAUCACACACACCAGGCCCUGCCAGGACCAGGCAGCUCCUAGAAGCUCCACCAGGACCCACGUGCACCAGGUGCCACACCACGCUGCUUCUCUCUUCCUGCCCGGAGGGCUCCUGCUCCGCUCCUUCCCAGCCAUCUUCCCUGCCUGGCCUUGGUCUAUCCCUCUCUCUCUGUAUCUCUGUCACCUUCACGCCUGUGCCAUCUUGCUCGCUCUCCAUCUCUAUCUGUGUGUCCCCCUGGGGAACUCUGCUCAGUGUGUCCCCGUGGGGAAAGUAGGGGCGCCUCAUCCUGAGCCCCCUGUCUUGUUCCCUGCUGGGAGGGGAGCCACUUCAUCCCACAUACACUCCCUGCGACCCCUCCAGGAUUCCAGCUGUCUGCAGACACCAUUACUGGACUCUGCGAAGCCCACCAGACUUUGCUGGGGGAAGUGACCUGAGAGGACCGCCCGGGCUGUAGGCAUCUGGAACCCUCGGCCCCCAUGGACCCCCUGAGGCGCUCUCCCUCUCCCUGCUCAUCCUCGAGGCCCUCCAGCCCCAGCACCCCACCCUGCGAGACACUUGGUCCCGUGGGCAUCGAGGCUGUGCUGGACCAGCUGAAGAUCAAGGCUAUGAAGAUGGGCUUUGAGUUUAACAUCAUGGUGGUGGGACAGAGUGGGCUGGGCAAGUCCACCAUGGUGAACACGCUGUUCAAGUCCAAAGUGUGGAAGUCAAACCCGCCAGGCUUGGGGGUGCCCACACCCCAGACGCUGCAGCUGCAUUCAGUGACCCAUGUCAUCGAGGAGAAAGGCGUGAAGCUGAAGCUGACAGUGACCGACACGCCCGGCUUCGGGGACCAAAUCAACAAUGACAAGUGCUGGGACCCCAUCCUGGGCUACAUCAACGAGCAGUACGAGCGGUACCUGCAGGAGGAGAUCCUCAUCACCCGCCAGCGCCACAUCCCGGACACCCGCGUGCACUGCUGCGUAUACUUCGUGCCACCCACUGGGCACUGCCUGCGGCCCCUGGACAUUGAGUUCCUGCAGCGGCUGUGCCGGACUGUAAAUGUGGUGCCUGUGAUCGCCCGGGCAGACAGCCUGACCAUGGAGGAGCGAGAGGCCUUCAGGCGCAGGAUCCAGCAGAACCUGAGGACUCACUGCAUCGACGUCUACCCCCAGAAGUGCUUUGACGAGGACAUCAAUGACAAAAUCCUCAACAGCAAGUUACGGGACCGAAUCCCCUUUGCUGUGGUAGGAGCUGAUCGAGAGCACCUGGUGAAUGGGAGGUGUGUCCUGGGCCGGAAGACCAAGUGGGGCAUCAUCGAAGUGGAGAACAUGGCGCACUGUGAGUUUCCUCUCCUGAGAGACCUGCUCAUCCGCUCCCACCUCCAAGAUCUGAAGGACAUAACCCACAACGUGCACUACGAGAAUUACCGUGUCAUCAGACUCAAUGAAAGCCACCUGCUGCCCCGAGGGCCAGGCUGGGUGAACCUGGCUCCGGCCUCCCCAGGACAGCUGACCUCCCCCCGGCCCUUGAAGGUCUGCAGGGGGGCCCACGAUGAUUCUGAGGAUGAGUUCUGAGCACCAGCUGAUCCUGGGCCCGCAGGGCUUCCUGAGUCCCCAGCGGCCCUCAACACACAUCCGUGUAUCCGAGCAUCUAUUAAAUGUGGACCUUGCUUUUUAUGAAAAGCUGGGCUUUGAAAACAAAA